UUCUGUAUCUAACUUCCUAUUCGAAUUUCCAAGUACACGAUCGAACUUCAGAGCCUGCGCAAACUCCUAUCAAAGCCCUCACUAAUUUCAGCUCUCUAAAUCGCGAAAACACGAUGCUAAAAUACUUACAAAAUCAGCCUCAAAAAGUUGCAUUCGCUGCGAUUUUCGCUGUUUUAUUGCCUAAUAUUUUCCCCAAUUUUUUCACUCCACUUGGUGGCGCCUAUCCUUCAUUAUUCUCUGAAUGGAAUGCUCCAAGUCCCAAGCACUUGCAUUUGCUAAAAAAAGCUCUACUGCAUGAAACUUUUGACCGACAAGAAGCUGACCUGUGGUCUCCAUUACCCAACCAAGGAUGGAAACCUUGUAUUUAUACUACCAGUGUGCCUUCCCUCCCAAAGAAAAUCGAGGGAUAUAUUCAAGUAUUUUUGGAUGGAGGAUUAAACCAACAGAGAAUGGGGAUUUGUGAUGCAGUAGCUGUCGCUAAAAUUAUUGGGGCAACACUUGUGAUCCCACACCUUGAAGUUAAUCCUGUUUGGCAAGAUUCAAGCUCCUUUGCAGAUAUAUUUGAUGUUGAUUAUUUCAUCGAUACCCUGAAGGAUGAAGUUUCUAUAGUCAAAGAGCUUCCCGAAAAAUACUCAUGGAGUACCCGAGAGUAUUAUGCCACAGGCAUACGAGCUACUAGAAUUAAAACAGCACCAGUUCAUGCGCCUGCAGAUUGGUACCUUGAAAAUGUUGUGCCCAUAUUGCAGAGUUACGGGGUUGCUGCAAUAUCCCCAUUCUCGCAUCGUUUGGCUUUUGACAAUAUGCCUGCAGAAAUUCAGCAUCUCCGAUGUAGGGUGAAUUUUCAAGCUUUAGUAUUUACUCCCCAGAUCACGAAAUUAGGAGAGGCCCUCGUUAAUCGUCUUCGGGGUAAUUCUACUGGAAUAGAGACCAAGUCCUUUGAUGAGCGAAGAAAUUUAAUUGACAAUGGAAAAAAUAGGAAGUUUGUCGUGUUACAUCUUCGCUUUGACAAGGAUAUGGCUGCCCAUUCGGCAUGCAACUUCGGUGGGGGUAAAGCUGAAAGGCUAGCUCUUGCCAAAUACCGCCAAGUAAUUUGGCAAGGUAGAGUCCUCAAGUCACAAUUUACUGAUGAGGAAUUGAGAGGUCAAGGACGUUGUCCAUUGACUCCUGAAGAGAUUGGGCUGCUUCUAGCAGCUUUGGGAUUUAACAAUAGCACACGCCUAUAUCUUGCUUCCCACAAGGUUUAUGGUGGAGAGGCGAGAAUAUCGGCACUGAGAGAGUUGUUUCCACUAAUGGAGGAUAAAAAAAGCCUUACUUCUCCUGAGGAAAGAGCUGUAAUUGAAGGAAAGGCUUCUCUAUCAGCAGCAGUUGACUAUUAUGUCAGCAUGCAGAGUGAAAUCUUUAUUUCGGCUUCCCCGGGCAAUAUGCACAAUGCACUGGUAGCUCAUCGAGCAUACAAUAACAUGAAGACUAUUAGACCGAACAUGGUUCUGUUAGCCCAGCUCUUUCUAAGUACAGGCAUGGAUUGGACAGAGUUUCAGCAAGCAGUACAGAAUGGACAUAAAAACAGGCAAGGACAAUUAAGGAUGAGAAAGGAGAAGCAAUCCAUAUAUACUUAUCCUAUUCCUGAUUGCAUGUGUCAAGCUUAAUCUAUAAAGUCAUCUACUGCAAGGAGUAAGAAGACGUGACUGCUUGCGCAAAGUAGCAUCAGAAAUUUGUUCUUAAUUCUGUAUACAUGUGUAUGUGAACAUAUAUGUCAUCCAGUGAAAGGAGUGAAGGUAAAGCUAAUAUGGCACGCCACUGCCCCCACGGUCCCCGGUCCCUGAGGCACCCCUCCCUCACUGUAGCUUUACAGAUUCAACUCAGAUGCAUUCAACAGAUAGAAGCAACUGGUUAGUCAUUUGCGGGUUAAAUUCAGUUGGUCGGAACUGGAUCACCUCACUUGCCAACCUAACACUGUUGGGCUCAGACUAGGAUUUGGCUUGAAGAUUCAUGUACAAAAAUCCCCCCACUGAGGUUUUCUGGAAUGGGGUUUGGCCAUAUUAUUCCUCUAGCUCUGUUUUUUUUAAAAGAUUAAUCUAAAGUAUUUUAGUACUAAUGUGUUUUUAUUUUGAAGAGAUGUAAUAUGCAACAAACAAAAACACAUCUUAGAUUAAUGUUUUCUCUGAAAUUACAUAUGAUAAGACA